CGUUAAACAGUGAAUAUUUAAGAAAACAACUAUAAGGAAAAGAAAAAAUAGUCUGCUAAUAAUUGGCGAAAUAUAUGAGAAAUUAAAGAGUGUUCAAACAACAAAAGAAAAAUAAAUUAUAAUGAAAGCCCAUGCUUGGGACUGGCUGCCAGUGCUGUUCGUAUUGGUAGCCGCGUGUUUGGCCCUGCGCGGCGAGCCAAGGCACGAAACUUGCAACAAUGAGAAGAGAUAUGAGAACCAGGUCAUGUGCGCGGGCGUACAGUUUGGCUAUCGGGCGCCCUAUCCAGAUAAUUGCAGCUUGUAUUUAGUUUGUGAUUGCGAAUAUCCCACCGUGCUGCCAUGCCCCGGCCAACUGUGGUGGAACAAUGAGACGCAAAACUGUGACUGGCCACAAAACACUAAAUGCCUUUACUAUACCAUCGAUACAACACCCAAGACAACAAAAGCAACCACAGCUGCCACAACACCAAGCAGCACCGUUUACACUCCGCCAACGACAACACCCAUGUCAAGCACAACAGAGGAAAAUUGGCCAUCAAGCAGCUAUGAUCCGCCACCGCCACCACCGGGCAUUCCUUAUACAUUUUGUAGGAAUUUAACUGACGGUUCGGUGCAUCGAUAUCCGUACGAUUGCAAUGCCUAUAUUAACUGUACCCACGGCUAUCCAGUCUUAAACUAUUGUGAGCCCGAUAAAGUCUUCAAUCAGGUGCUGCUCAUUUGCGAUACGCCCGAAACUGCCGAAUGUGAGCCACUGCCAUUGCCGUCAACAACAACCGAGCACCCAACAGAAACAACAACUGCAGAGCCAACAACAACGACUGAAGAUGGUGAGUGUGGUGCUCCGCCGUAUGGCAUUGAAGCGGAUUACUGCGUACCAUUGGGCGAUGGCUUCUACGAAUACCCCUACGAUUGCAGCGCCUACAUCAGCUGUCGUCAUGGCUGCACGGAUAAGGACUACUGCAUACCUGAUAAACUCUUUAAUCCAAUUUUGCAUAUAUGCGACACGCCCGAUUCGGUGCACUGCAAUCCUAAGCCGUAUCCAACAACAACUGUAGCCACAACGCCUGGAUCCACAGAAGAUACGAGCAGUUCGACCAAUGCAGGAAAAAGCACAACGCCCGUUAGCAGCAGCUCCACCACCACAGUGGCAACGACAACAACACCAGCCUUGCCAGCGGAUGUGGAUCCCGAUCUCUGUAAGGGUUUGCCCGAUUACACACGCUUCCCCUAUGCAGCCGAUUGCUCUCAGUUCCUGCAGUGCAGCAAUAAUCAAGUGGUAGUGGGUCAGUGCGCCGAGCCGCUGCUCUUCAAUCCCGAUUUUCUGAUUUGUGAUAGCGCGGAUGAUGUUAUUUGCUAUGGUGAUCGCACGACAACCACAAGCACAACCAGCACCACAGAAGCGCCCACAACGACAACAAGCAGUACAACGGUGACGACCACGCCCACCACAACACCCGGACCAGCCGAGCUAUGUGCAAAUGAACCCUUUUACGCUACAUUCCCGUAUGUGCAGGAUUGCACAUCGUACAUUCUUUGCCUGGGCGAUGGCGAAUUCUAUAUUGCAAAGUGCAUUAGUAAUACAUACUAUGAUCCAAAAACUGGCGAUUGUGGACCAAAUGUGUCGCCGACAGCUUGCAGGGAGCAGGAUACAACUACAACAAGAACCACGACGGAAAAAACAACAACGGAACCUGUCACCAGCAUUUCGACACCCACCACAAGCGUGGGAACAACAACAAGCCCAACUCCUGUGCAACCCGGCGGCAUAUGCGGCAACAGGGAUGAGGGCGAACUGAUUGCCUAUCCAAAUGACUGCAGCAAGUACAUUGUCUGUGUGACGCCAAUUCCGGUUGCCUUCUACUGCAGGCCCGGCUCCUACUUCAGCGCCAAGCAGCAGCAGUGUGUGAGCUGGGAGGACAGCGAUUGCGACAAGGACACGGCCACGACACCUGGUUACACAGGGCCGCCAUUGGAGCCGACAAUGUGCACGAACAGCAGUCGGGAUACGUUCCCCUAUCCCGAGAACUGUCAGUGGUUCAUACGCUGUGUGAACGAUUACAUCUACAUGAUGGAUGUGUGCAACUGUAGCGAAUACUACGAUCCGAUAAGCGGCAAAUGCGGUGCGGACGUGCCAUCCGAUGCCUGUCGCUGGGACUAUACUUCAACAACAACCGAGGCAACGCCGACACCUACAACGACAGAGCCAACACAUGUGACGCGGCCACCACCGCAAAAGGGUCCCUGCGAUGAUGCGGCUGAUGGUGAACUGGUGCCAUAUCCCAACGACUGCUCCAAGUACAUCAAAUGCGAUCACCCAAUAGCCGCGGCAUAUGAUUGCGAUGAUGGCGAUGAGUUUAGCCCCGUGUUGCGUGAAUGUAUGGAGGCUUCGCUCGCCAAUUGCACAGUUGGCACAACGCCAGAUCAAACGGACUCAACAACACUCCCAACUACACCCAUCUGGCCAGGUUCAACAACGGGCAGUAUCACGACAAGCUCUCCAGUCUCAACUACAUCUCCUGAGACUUCUACAACUUCCAAGACUUCUACAACACCUGAGACUAGUGAGCCCAACAGCAGCACAACUCUUGAUACAACAACAACCCAAAAGACUACAACGCCAGCACCCUCCGGUGGCAUUUGCAGCGGAAAGCCCGAUGGAACUCUAGUGCCAUAUCCAAACAAUUGCGGCAAGUAUAUUGUUUGCCAAGAGCCUAUACCCAUUGGCUAUGAUUGCCCCGAGAAUUUGGAGUUUAGUCCCACAGAAUUGGAGUGUAUGGAUCCGGAAUUGGCCAAUUGUGAACCCAAGCCAACUACGGCGGCAACAACAACGGAUGCAUCAACAACACCUUCCUCUACAACCACAGAAACAACGCCCACAACAACAGAAUCGACAACAACCCCUUCCCUAACCCCUCCAAUAACUCCUACGACUACGCCAGAGACCACAGCCUCGACAACAUCCGAAACUACCGUAACGGAUUCUACGAGCACAACACCCGAAAAAUCAACCAUAACAACAUUAACAACAGAACCGACAACGACCCCUUCAUGCAACACAUCACCUAACACGACUCCAAUAACUCCUACCACUACUCCAGAGACCACAGCCUCGACGACACCCGAAACUACCGUAACGGAUUCUACGAGCACAACACCCGAAACAUCAACCAUAACAACUUUAACAACAGAAUCGACAACGACCCCUGCAUGCGACACAUCACCCAACACGACUCCAAUAACUCCUACGACUACGCCAGAGACCACAGCCUCGACAACAGCCGAAACUACCGUAACGGAUUCUACGAGCACAACACCCGAAAAAUCAACCAUAACAACUUUAACAACAGAACCGACAACGACCCCUUCAUGCGACACGUCACCUAACACGACUCCAAUUACUCCUACGACUUCGCCAGAGACCACAGCCUCGACAACAUCCGAGAAUACCUCGACAACAGAGGUGCCAACACCAAAAACUACAACUCCAGCAACCCCAACGAUUCAUCCAGAUACACCCAACAUAUGCUGUGGUCAUCCUCUAGGUACAAUUUUGCCCUAUCCUAACGAUUGUAAUCGGUAUGUUGUCUGUGACUAUCCGAUUCCCUACGCUGUCGUCUGUGAAGAGGGCACAGUGUUCGAUGUAGAGUAUCUGCAAUGCACAACCAACGGCAAAGGAUCUUGCAUUUAAAAAAUAGAGCAUUAGAAACCACUAAUUCAAUGCUAAAAUCAAGAAGUUCCUUUAAAAAUUGUAUGUAUAUAUAAAAGUAUCAAUAAAAAUAAGCAAA